AUGCCCGAACAAGGUCAAAAGAUUAAGGUCGCGGUCGUUGAGGGUGGCAUGGGAGGCCUUUGUGUUGCGAUUGGACUAUUGAAGCAUGCUCAUCUGGAAGUCCAAGUGUACGAAGCUGCCCACAAGUUCUCUGAAAUCGGUGCUGGCGUAGCAUUCGGUCCCAGCGCCCAGCGAGCUUUGCGCCUCCUCGGGAAAGAGACAGAAGAAGCAUAUCUCCGACAGGUCACACACAACCAAUGGCAUGAGGAGAGGAACGUGUGGUUUGAAUACGUCUAUGGGAUGGGAGAAAGGGAAGGAGAGCUCAUUGCCACGCCGAAGAAUGAGACCGGUCAGAGCACGGUUCAUCGGGCAAAGUUCUUGGAUGAGUUCAUGCGUCUGGUACCGAAGGAGAUCGCACAUUUCGGCAAGCGUCUUGAACGCGUCGAAGACGAGCCGGGGUUUCCCCUCAAGCUUCAUUUCAAAGAUAGCACCACGGCUGAGGCGGACUGCGUGGUUGGAGCGGAUGGUAUUCACAGUGUGAUUCGUAGACACCUACUCGGAGACGAUCACCCUGCCCUCGACGCGGUCUUCACAGGGAGUCUGAUACCAAUGAAAGAUGCCGAAGCCGCAUUGGGCGAGCGAUUUGCGAAAAACUCAACCAUCCUCGUCGGAGACGGUGCAUGCAUCAUGACCUACCCGAUCGACUUCGGGGCGACGAUGAAUGUCGUGGCCAUCAAUAGCUCCUACAAGAAUUGGGAGGGUCCGACAGUUCAGAAGGCUGAGUAUAGAAAGAUUGCAAAAGAGUUCUCUGCAUGUGGUUCACAAGCUCAGAAGCUCCUCAAAUUGCUCGAUAACCCAGACACGGCGGCUUGGUCAAUGUGGGAUCAUCCCCGAGCGCCAACCUACUGCAGAGGCAGAGUCGCCAUGCUCGGAGAUGCCGCGCACGCUUCCACUCCAUUCCAAGGGCAAGGUGCAGGCCAGGCCAUUGAAGAUGCAUACGUUUUGAGCAGCUUGUUUGGCGUAGUGGAUACGCUGGAGAAGGUAACCCUCGCCUUCCAAGCGUAUGACAAGAUACGGCGACCCAGGAGCCAGCGCGUUUGCGAGACAAGUCGCGAGGCGGGAGUGCUGUGUGCCUUGCGUCUGAAAGGCGUGAACGAUGAUCCAAAGAUGUUUGAACAGAACAUCACUUGGAGAAUGGACUGGAUGUGGCACAGGGACAUUGCAGGCGAACGCGCCGAAGCUUUGGGAGUUUUCACGGCACUGUUGGAAGAUGGCCGAGUGUGA